ACAAAACCACCACCCAAAAGCCACAAUAAAAAGAACAUCUCAGUCUGUCUGCGGUCUGCUUCUGUACUUUAACCUUAAAAAUGUCUCUGACAGCAAAAUCUAUUCUGUCUCUUUUUCUUGCUCUUCUUCUUCAUUUCUCCGUCACCUCCUCCAUCCAAAACCUCCUUCAAAGCCAAGGCUUAUUACCUGGUGCCUCAAUACAGGACCUCCUUCAAAGCCAAGGCUUGCCUGCUGGUCUCUUCCCAAACAAUGUUGAAUCCUACAGGUUUGAUUUUCGAACAGGUCGGUUGGAGGUGUUUCUGGAAAGUCCUUGUCUGACCAGGUUUGACAGUAGAGUUUACUUCAACAAUGUGGUGAAAGCUAAUCUCAGUUAUGGUGGGCUAAUGGGACUUGAAGGUGUUGCUCAAGAAGAGCUCUUUCUUUGGCUCCCUGUUAAACGUAUCAUUGUCGAUGAUCCAUCUUCUGGGCUCGUUAUGAUUGAUAUUGGUCUUGCUUUAAAACAAGUCUCUCUUUCUCUCUUUGAAGAUCCUCCUGUUUGCAAGCCUCAAGGUGCUUUACAAGAAAUUGUUGGGAGGAAGAUGGGAUCUCAAGUUCAGUGAUGAAAGCUUGCUUGAACAUUGCAGAGUUGAAGUUGUGUUAUCAUCUUCUUAAACUUUAGAGGAAAAUAUGGAGUUUAUGUUUCCUUGAUAGUUGCUCUGAGGACUAU